AAAAUGGGAGCACAGAGAAAUGGAGCUGAGACUCACACAACAAAAGUUCAGAAGUACCCCUCUUUUUACCAGUAAUUACCAUGUAAUGUGACAGAAACAUCUCCAUGUUACAACUAACAUUCACUCCAGUGUGUUUGGUAGCACAACUUCAAUCUCGUCUGCAACUAUAAUACUCUCAUUUCUCUACCACCAUAAAUUCCAUCACACCGGCUUUGAAACAUACAUCGAGGAAAAUCAUAUACUGAUUUCUGUAGUGAAGUUCCAAAUAGUUCCAUGGAAAUAGAAAAAAUGGGUACUAUUGGAAUCUUCGCAAUCUUUCUUUCAAGCUCUCUCUGUCUCUACUUUGUCUCGGCUCUACUCCGGUUUGUUCACAAACUAUGGUGGAACCCUAUUCGCAUACAACAUCAAAUGCGUUUACAGGGAAUCACAGGUCCUUCUUACAGAUUCCUCCAUGGAAACGACAAUGAUAUAUUGAACAUGAAAAGCGAAGCCAAGAACAGGCCUAUGGGUUUAUCACAUGACAUGAUGUCCAAAGUUCAGCCUCAUAUUCACUCAUGGGUCAACAAAUAUGGGAAGAUUUAUCUUCAAUGGCAUGGCACUCAACCUCAACUGGUCAUUACAGAACCACAGCUUAUCAAAGAGGUACUGAAUAAUAGAGGCAGUGCUUAUCCGAAGGAAGAGGCUAAGGGCUUUAUGAAGAGGCUCUUUGGAGAUGGGCUUUCAGUAUCUGAAGGUGAAAAAUGGACAAAGAUGAAGAAAUUGGCCACUCAUGCCUUCCAUGCCGAGAGCCUGAAAAAUAUGAUUCCAACAGUGAUCAGAAGUGUGGAGGAUAUGCUAGAACGGUGGAAACAUCAAGAAGGCAAAGAGAUCGAGAUAUUCGAAGAAUUUAGAGUAUUUACAUCAGAAGUAAUUUCCAAGACUGCUUUUGGGAGUAGUUACGUAGAAGGGAAAAACAUUUUUCAGAUGUUGAGGAAACUGGCCUCGAUAACAGCCGACAAUGGUUAUUUACACAGGUUUCCCGGCAUCAGUAAAAUUUAUAAAACAAAUGAUGAAAUUGAAUCGGAGGAGCUUGAAGAAGGUAUACGCCAGUCUAUAUUUGAGAUGAUUAAGAAAAGAGAAAUGAAGGUAACAACUAGAGAGGUUGGCAGCAGUACUGAGGAAGAUUUUCUUGAAAUACUUUUAAAGGCUCAUCAUGAUGCCAAUCCUAGCCGAAAGAUUUCAGUACAAGAUAUGGUGGAUGAGUGUAAGACAUUUUACAUUGCUGGACAAGAAACCACUACUACUUUGCUUGCAUGGACUUUAUUUCUCCUAGCAAUCCACCCUGAUUGGCAAGAGAAAGCAAGAAAGGAAGUGCUCGAAAUUUUUGGCCAACAAAAUCCAAAUCCUGAUGGCAUCCCAAAACUCAAGACUAUGAGCAUGAUCAUCAAUGAGAGUUUGAGGUUAUAUACUCCUGCACUUUCAAUAAUGAGAAAAGUUGAAAGGGAAUCUAGACUGGGGAAGCUCAUUCUUCCUGCUAAUCUAUUGGUGUACAUUGCACCUCUUGCAAUUCAUCAUGACCCUCAAAUAUGGGGAGAGGACGUGCAUCUUUUCAAACCAGAGAGAUUCUCAGAAGGUGUUGCCAAGGCUACUAACAACAACAUAGCUGCUUUUUUUCCAUUUGGAAUGGGACCUCGGAUUUGCGUGGGCAUGAACUUUGCCACCAAUGAAGCAAAGAUUGCUCUUUCAAUGAUUCUACAGCGCUUUGCCGUCACCCUAUCCCCAACCUAUGUCCACUCACCAAUUCAGAAUUUCACCCUUCGCCCACAACAUGGAAUUCAAGUGCUGCUACACUCAUUGUGAAGACUGGCUAGAAUUGGCAAUAAAAUGUGCACUAUCUUAAUGUUAUGCUUGCUGCAAAAUAUUUGGAUGUUUAAUUAAUUUUAGUAUCCGAAUAAGUUGUUGCAUAAUAUUCGGAUUUAUUGCAUUUGUAUUUGCAUUUAGUAGGAUAAGGGAAUUUGUUAAUCAAGUGUUUGGGUUGUAACGGCUAGUGGAGCUAGUCUUUGAGUUUUUUUAGGAUAUGUUGUUCCUAAAAUGCAGGGGUUAUCUUGUAUAAAAGGAGCAGUAGUUUAUUUGAAUAAAAUCAUCAAAGAAAUCUGUUG